UCUUAUUGCAGCCAUUAAGCUUCGUUAAAUGUCCAAAUAGUGACGAGCCAAGAGUCAAUAGAUUCCGGCUGGGCGUUGCUAUUUCCUUUCCGUCCUUGCUCCCUCUCUGUUGUUUGCCCUGCUUGCCCGUCUUUUCCCCUUCCCCCUUCUCUCAUCGUGUUUUUGAUAGAAUAUAUGGGUCGAUGGGGUUAUUUGCUUCUUUCGUUUCUUCUUCUUUUCUUUUUUUGCAUCUUUAGCUGUCGCCGCUAGUGACAGGGAGCUUGAUCAGGAAAACGAACGAGAUGCUGGGCAAGGGCGAAGCAGAUUCUUCGGAUUCAACGUAUAACGACUUCGACACCGUAUAACGCGCAAUCCACAAUCAGGGAAGGCAAAGAGAUGAACACGAAGUUAGGCGCUAUAUUAAAAUAGGGGGAGAUCGAGUAAGUCCAUGUAUACGUCUGGCAUCUCGGAGUGUGGAAGAGGCAGAUGGAAAAGUAAACACAGCCAAUUGACUGGACCUCACUGCAGUCCAAGAACUGGACAUCGACCGAAUCACAUCACCCAGAAGGGGAACAAAGGAUUUAGACCCCUGUCAACAGCGAGCCAUAUCCUCCAUACAAGCAUUUCCAAUCUUUAUAUGGCUAACCAGCGCUCCCCACAGCGUUCGUCCAGUCAGCAUUCGCGCCGAGAGCAGGUUCCCUCCGAUUAUGCUGUAACUGUGUGUGUCUACGCGCGUGUGUGGUGUGGAUAGACUUACUAGCGACUACAUGGUGAUGUCACAGUACAUCACCGGGGCCGGGUUGCUGCUUCGCGUUGCAGGGGCAGGAGAGAUUCAUCCGGAGAGUCAUCUGCCCCCUAACCAUGAAGCUGCAUAUAUUCAACAUACAUAGCGCAGAAAGAGAGGCAAGACCACAACGCCUCCGGGAGCAAGGGGAUCUUCCUACACCUUUUUUUUUUCACGCAGCCUUUGGCAGCGGUUUAAGUACUGAGUCUGGGAUAAACACCGCUGCUAAUGCAGCUCCAAGAUGGCACAGGCGUUUGACUAAGUUAGCUAUCCUAUACAUUCAUACAUUAUUGGCGCUCGAACAGGCAAACGGGACGAAAUUCGGGAGCCGGACGAAUGGAUAGCGACUCCGUAUCGUUCGAGAAGUCAACGUCUAUCGACGGAGGGCAGCGGCGCUUCACUUUCAACUCGCUCAACGCACUUUCGCACUCCCAAACUCUUAUCAAACCAAUACCACAGGUACGGAGUAUACGUGGAAGUACGGAGAGAGUACGCCUUGCUCGUUCCCCGGUAGUGUUAGUGUACCUCUGCCGUAGCAGAUAAUUAAGAAUGCCAACCCCCAAGUCGCAGCGUAUCGUUUCAUCCGCUUGGCUGCCUCCUCAGCAUCCCAAAUAUGCUUGACUCGUGGAAAAAGCAUGAAAAAAAGCUGAGCUCGUCUCUACCU